CAAAUCCUAGUUGCCUGGGAGCCAUUACACCUAGACAUUUAAUGUUGACUCCUGGACUAGAAUAUUCAGAAGCAUUUAAUACAAUAUUUAUUUGUCCCAGGCAGCCCUGUUCCUGUUCUAAAUAGGUUGCUUGUAAAGAGGAUAAAGAGGUGCCCAUUUACCCUCGCACUCCCACAGUGUCUAUCACUAAGUUCAGUAAUUUUGUCAGGUGUCCAUCCUCUGGCUUCUAAAUUUUUGGGCUUGCUUCUAAAUCUGAAAAGAAAAUUUGUCAAGGCCUAGUCUUGAGGAGAGAUGAUAGUGUCAGUCUACAGGCUUCAGGUUUUGGGAAUGUGCUCUCCAGUUCUAAAUGGUGCACCACCACCCCGCACAUUCAGGGAUGCUCUUCUUUCCUAUAAGGAAAUCUUCCUGCAGUAUUUGAACAAAAUAAGAAAUGUUGUGAAUGAAAAGUGUACUGGGACUGAACCCUGGCAACUGAUAACAACAACAGUGGUUGCUACUCUCCUGGUCGUGUGGCUACACAUGUUCCUUUUCCAGCCAGAGAGCUUAAUGUCACGAAUUAAAAAAAAGUUCUUCAGAGUUGUACGAAAAUUGCCUUUUAUUGGUGCUGUGAUACAAAAGUAUUCUAACAAGGCCAAGGCUGAUAUGGCUUCCUCCUUGUCCUUCUUGAAAGAUGCCAAGGUUUAUGUCAAAACCCUACCAGAAAAAGGCCUGAGCCAGCCGGAAGUAAUGCACAAGAUACAAGAAUACAGUUCUAUGGGUGACGUGCACUGGGAAGAUGGUAAAGUGUCGGGGGCCGUGUACAGUGGUGAAACAGAACUCACUAACCUGUUUGUGAAGGUUUAUAAGGAUUUUGCAUGGACCAAUCCUCUUCAUCCAGAUAUAUUCCCAGGUUUGAGGAAGAUGGAAGCAGAGGUGGUGAGAAUGACUUGCAAUCUCUUCCAUGGUGGACCCAGUUCUUGUGGAGCAGUAACUUCUGGUGGAACUGAGAGCAUUCUGAUGGCCUGUAAAGCCUACAGGGAGAUGGCUUAUGAAAAAGGAAUCAAGUACCCAGAAAUCUUAGUUCCACAAAGUGUUCAUGCCGCAUUUGAUAAAGCUGCUAAUUAUUUUGGAUUGAAGAUUGUGCACAUUCCAUUAACCAAGAAUAUGCAAGUGGAUGUUAAGGCAAUGAAGAGAGCCAUUUCCAGGAAUACGGCAUUGUUGGUCUGCUCAGCACCUGGAUUUCCUCAUGGGAUCAUGGACCCAAUUGAGGAGGUGGCAGAGCUUGCACAGAAAUAUAAGAUUCCGUUCCAUGUGGAUGCCUGCUUGGGAGGCUUUCUCAUUGUCUUUAUGGAGAAGGCAGGCUUCCCUUUACAGCAUCGCUUUGAUUUCCGAGUGGAAGGAGUUACCAGCAUUUCCGUAGAUACCCACAAGUAUGGCUAUGCUCCAAAGGGCUCCUCUGUCAUAUUGUACCGUAAUGCCAAUUAUCGGCAGUACCAGUUUUUCAUUGCUCCUGACUGGCAAGGAGGAAUCUAUGCCUCCCCCACCAUGGCUGGUUCCAGACCUGGAGGCAUCAUUGCAGCUUGUUGGGCAACUAUGAUGUACAAAGGAGAAGAUGGUUAUGUGGAGGCCACUAGGAAGAUAAUUUCAACUGCACGGUUUAUUGAAUCUGGACUGCGGAAAAUUGACAACAUCUUUGUCUUUGGAAAACCUGAGGUAUCGGUCAUCGCAUUUGGAUCAGACACGUUUGACAUAUAUCAGUUGUUGAACUUCUUAACAGCUAAAGGGUGGAAUUUAAAUGUGCUGCAGUUCCCUUCAAGUAUUCAUAUUUCCGUGACACUACUGCAUACAAAGCCUGGUGUGGCAGAACUAUUCUUGAAUGAUAUUAGAGGGUCUGUCUCUGAGAUCAUGAAGGACCCCAAAGCCAAGACCACUGGAAUGGGUGCAGUCUAUGGCAUGGCACAAGCCGUUCCUGACAGAAGCAUGAUUGCAGAGAUUACGUCUUGUUACAUAGACUGCCUGUACAGCACAGACAUUCCUUCUUCAGCAGACACACACAUGAAUGGUUCUCCAGGACAUUGCUGAUUCUGUCAUCAUUUGUGCCUUUCAGCUGCUGGGUGGUGUUCUAAAGAACUUUGGGGGGGAAACUUCAUUGGGAAAUUGUUCUUACUGCAGGUGCAGGUCACAUGGCAGCUUGAUACCAGUUUCAUUUCUGGUUAAAGAUAAGGAGAGGCUGUGGUCCCAAUUUUUUUUCUUGGCUGUCACUGUGAGUUUAUAACUACAUAGUCACCUUCACAUUACCCUUUUGUAUUUCUCCGUGCUAGUUCACUGCCACAGCUACUUCUCAAAGGAAGCCAUAUUUCUGGCUUUUGCACAUUCAUUCUAUAAUCUUUCAUGCUCACGGUUUUGAAAUCUAUUUCUUUCUUUCUCUUGGACCGAUUUUGAUUGACUUUUCUUUUAAGUGUUGAAAAGUCAGCCAUUGGAAGAGCUUGGAUGGUAAAACCCUCUCCAGUACUGGGGAGAAAAACUGAAGAUGGGGACCAUAGUUGCAUUUUUCAGAUCACCAGAUGGGAAUGUGCUCUGGAUUUUAAGCCACUAGCAUAGGGGAAGGAGACUUAAGGUAUUCUUUGAUUGCCAAUGUCUAGUAUGGUGUAGUCUUGCUGGUUUCCUCUUUCCUUGAAUUUUUUUACAGUGUCACCCACAAUCCUACUAGUCUUGUGCAUCGACAGAAGAUUUAAGUGACAAAAUGGUUGUUUCAGAGUUUAAGGGUUUGUACUAGCUUAAAAUACUUGCAGUCAGACAGCAGUGUUAGCAAGUUACUUCGGUACCCAUUUCUCUUGAGAAAUUCAGCUAUGUGAGCUAUUCAAGCCCUGACUAAUUGCUGAGAAUUGUUUUAUACAAUUAUGGCACUAAAGUUAGCUUUUAAAAUGUUGUUUAUGUACAAUGGAGCCCUUAGCUUCACACACUGAUGAUCUCUACCUUGUUUUUUGUGCUGCAUUGACUGCAAGGCACAUUUUAAAGAGAGUACUCUGAUUUGCCUUAAUGCUGACAGCAUGUUUUCUGGGAAGAAGGCAAGAGACUCUCAAUCAAUUAUUAGGUGAUUCCUUUAUGGUACUAACCCAAAAAAUAACCUCACUGACAAGUCAGCCUCAGGUAUAAUACACUCCACCCUCAAUGUAGAAGAUUAUCUGAGCCAACCUUAUUUAUAGAUAGCCAUAUCACAAUCAUGAAGUUCUAUUCUAUCUGUUGCCUAGAAGAUUGGUGGCAUUCACAUUUUGACUCUCCCAUAUUUGUUUCCUUCCAGAAACUAGCAAAAGUUUUCAUGUGAUGAUCAGGGUAAGAAGGGCAGGAAACAGUUGCUUGAUUCAAGGCUUGAUGCGAGGGUGGAGUACCAUUUUGAGUCGGGUCUUGAGCCAUUUCUGUGUACCACUGCAUCCUUCACUGAGUCACACGAGUUGUAUUACUUCCUAUUGUUUCUGUAAUUGUUGCAUAUUCAGACAUGUAUUUGUGAAUUCUUGCAAUUUUUUUUAGCCUUUGCUACGGAAUUGCUUGUUCUGUUAACUCUUCACUAUUGCGAGUUCUAGGAAUAUUUGUCUAGCUCUUCAUAGCUAACUUUCUACUUCAGUGCUGAACAUGCUAUAUACAAAGCAACUCAAUGCCACUACUCAAGUAGUAAACAGACUACUGUAUUUUUCAAAAGAUGCAGAUAGACCCCCACAUAGUUUAAGGGAAAGUUUUACUCAGACAACUUCACAUCCUUGCCUUGUGUAUAAUCCAUCCCCAAGUUAAUGAGAUCAACCAUUUCGAAUUCCUGUUUUGGAUUGGAUUGAAGUUUCAAUCCAAAUAAUGUCCAGACUAAUGUUGCACCAGCUAAGUCAGGAGCUUGUGUUUCAGACUAAUGUUGAGACUCCUGCUGUGAAGUUCUUCUUCAGUCCAUAUCUGAUGCAAAGUGAUUCACUAUCCUUGUUGCACACAUGCAGUGCUUGUGCAAGCAUACCAAGAGCAUAAACAAUGAAGUAACUGAGCAUCUGCUCAGCUAUAGGACCUUCUUGCAUGGGUGCAUCUUUGUUGCAAAUGCAACAUCAGUCUGGAUGUCAGCCAUUUUAAGAACUUCAAGUAAGACACUUGCCUUAUUGAUCUGUGGUACUUUAAUGCUGAUGUUUACUUUAAUUCUGAAAGUAUAUUCUUGAUACAUAAUAAAGUAAGUCUCCCUAGGUUUGAAACA